AUGUCCGCCAAAGCGAGCGGCUCGGACGCCCGCGCCAACGGCGACGCAAAACAUCGCCAACACCACGACGGCAGCUCAGGCCGUGCUUACACAGUCGAACAGAAAGCCGCGGUAAUACGGAUAAAGCGAUGCGCGCCCACGGCAUUCUACGAGAUUUUGGGGCUGGAGGAGGUCAAGACGACGUGCAGCGAGAGCGAGAUCAAGAAGGCAUAUCGGAAACUGAGUUUAUUGACGCAUCCCGAUAAGAAUGGCUACGACGGCGCAGACGAGGCGUUCAAGAUGGUAUCACGAGCUUUCCAGGUGCUCUCCGAUGCGGACAAGAAGGCCAAGUACGACAAGUUCGGCGGCGACCCGGAUGCUCGAUUCCAACCUCCGCCCAGUGGUGGGUCAGGCUUCGGCAACUUUGCGCGCUCACAAGGUGGUGGACGAUCAGGCCCCAUGUUCGAGGAGGAGAUAUCGCCCGAGGAGAUGUUCAGACAGUUCUUCGGCGGAGGGGGGCCGUUCGGCGGGCCUUUCGGCGGCGGCGGCGGCAUCUUCGACACCGGCCCAGGCUUCGUGUUCAACCUCGGAGGAGGCGGUCCUGGAAUCCGCGUACACCAGUUUGGCGGCGGCCAGCCACGGAGACGACCCAAUACUGCGCGAGGCGCGGGCACAGAACCGGCGCCCAGUCUCGGCAGCACGCUGUCCUCGCUUCUCCCACUGCUCUUCCUCUUCAUUCUGCCUCUCCUCUCCUCGAUAUUCGGCGGCGACUCUACGCCCAAGGGGCCCAGCGUCGUAUUCGACGGCCCGCGCGGCGCGCAAACACAUCCCCUCACGUCGUACAAUCUCCAAGUGCCCUACUGGGUGAACAAGCGCGACAUCCAAGGUCUAAGCGACAAAGAGCUGAAAAAUGUACACAAGCACGCAGAACAGAAGUUCAUCCAAAUCACAAAUGCGAAAUGCGACACAGAGAAAUACAAGAGGAGCCAGGCCGAGCAGGAUGCGUUCGGGUGGUUUGGACCUGACAAGGAUAAACUGAAGAAGGCGAGGAGUAUGCCCAUGCCGAAUUGCAAGAAGAUGCGGGAGAUGGGGUUCCAGGUUCAAUACUAG